AUGACCGAAGCCAGCCAGUACAUUUCCAUCUCCAAGAAAAAUAAGAAACUCAUCCUAGCCAUUUUUGCUUCUUUCUUACUUGUUGCCACUAUAAUUGCCAUUGUCACUGGUGUAAAUUCACAAAAAAACUCCACCAAAAAUGAUGCUGCUCAUGCCAUACUAGAAACUAUUGGAGCUGUCAACACAUUGACUGUUCCAAUGAAUGUGUUUCUACUACAUAUAAACAGCACUAGAGAUGAUGCUCAAAAAAUCAUGUUCGAUGCUGAUAAGCAACAAUCCACCAAUAAGGGACUUAGCCAAGAACAAAAGAAAGCUUUCGUUGAUUGUUCAAAGAAUUAUGCUAGGAUUGUUGACGAUUUAAACAUGCUCAUUGUCGACCCCAACAAGAAAGCUGCUGAUCUCAAGACCCAUUUCAGUUCUUGCUUGUUCAACAAAGAUUCAUGCUUGGAUGGUUUCUCUCAUUCAUACAAAAAUAAGGAGGUGCGUGACGCUUGGUCCAGCGAUACAGGUGCUGUUAAAGCAAAGUGUAGCCAGGCAUUGGGAAUGAUUAAGGAUGAGUCAACCGCUGACAUGCCCAAUGGGCUUAAGACCACGAACAGGAAACUCAAGGAGGACAGCGAUAGCAAUGAACGGUGGCCAGAGUGGCUGUCAGUAACCGACAGACGGUUGUUUCAAUCAUCACGGUUGACUCCAGAUGCGGUGGUGGCAGCUGAUGGCAGUGGGAACUAUAGGACAGUAUCAGCUGCAGUUGCUGGUGCACCAAAUCACAGCAGUAAGAGGUACAUUAUUAGAAUCAAGGCAGGUCUUUACAGGGAAAACGUGGAAGUACCAAUAGAGAAGACUAACAUCAUGUUUCUUGGAGAUGGAAGAAAAACAACUAUCAUUACAGGAAGUAGGAAUGUAGUUGAUGGCAGCACAACCUACCAGUCAGCGACACCGUGGAGGGCCAAAGAUUCCUAG